AUGGCGACGGAACUAUUGAAGUUCACAGACAUUGCUGAAGCAUAUAGUUCUAUGCAUCUACAACAACCCGAUGAUGCUUUCUAUGUGGAUACUGGUGCUACCUCGCAUCUCACUGCUGAUUUAGGUACUUUACAUAACGUUUCCAAUUCUUGUAUUGUACAGUCUAUCUUAGUUGCCAAUGGAAAUAGCAUUACAGUUACCGCUAGUGAUCUGAGUUCGAGGAGGAUUAUCCUUCGGUGCAAUAGUUCCGGGGAGCUCUACCCUAUCACCAACUCUGCCGUGCCAGCUCAAAAAUCUUCCCAGUCUUCCCCCAUAUCUCUUGAUGUUUGUUCGCCAGAUAUUUGUCCUCCUCCGACUGAUCCAACUGUCAACACUUCCUCACCCAACCCACAGCCCUACACUCCACCUCACCGGCGUCUAAACACCCUCCCUACUGUCCCCACUACAGACUAUCCAACUUCCUCUUCCACUGCACCGUCCACUGUCCCCACUACCAAUCCUCCACAGCUCAGAAACAUGCUGCCACCUCCUACUUACAGUGUGUCCUCUACAGCCAACAUUCGCACUCCCUCGGGACCUCUACAGCAAUCAGCUACCUCUACUUCACAGCAAACAACUCCAAUGCCACCUCCUAUUUCCACCGACCACUCUCCAGCACAUCGUCCACCGACCGCUCUCCAGCACACCGUCCGUCCUUUUCUUACCCCACUACAAUAUCCCCUGACUCCACUCUCACUUCCACCACAGCAAAGCACAAUGCUGUGA